CUCCUGUAUAAAUUGCCUGAUGGGAGCCUGCUGGUGACAUUUGAUUUGCAAUCUGUGUUUGAGGAUUUGUUUACUGCGUGGAUCCACACGGACAAACACGAUGGACGUCGGGUGGAAUAUUCUGGUUUUAUCGUUUGCUCUCCUCGCCUCAGCUCAGGUACCAAAGAAGUGUUCGGCACCUCCGGAGUACCCUCACACCAGGCUGGUGAGGAAAUACAGCACCAUACCGAGGUUCAGCAGCGGGGAGAAGGUUUAUUAUGACUGCGCUGAGGACUUCACUCCAUCCAGAGGGAGCCGAGCUGUGCAGUGUCUGGCAGGAAGAUGGACCAAACUCACUCUCAAGUGCGAAAAGAAAUCAUGUGGCAAUGCCGGAGAUUUACCUAAUGGGGAGUUCCAGUAUGAAGGGAAUUCAUUCGUCGGGGAGAAAGUUUAUGCUGUAUGCAAUGAGGGGUACACUCUGAAAGGACUCAACUACAUGAUCUGCAAGAAGUCUGGCUGGACUGGUGAAAUCCCAUCUUGUGUUGAGGGAGAGGCCACCACCUGCCCCACUCCUGCAGUGGCCAACUCUGUGAGCAGUGCUGGAGAUGUUUCUGUAUUCUGGGUGGGAGACAGCGUGACCUUCACCUGCAGUCAGGGUUUCCAGCUGGAUGGAGCUCAGCAGAUUACUUGUGACCCGGGUGGCCUGUGGAAGCCUCAGCCCCCUCGGUGCCUGCCUUCACCUAAAACAACUCCGUCACCCGUCAAAGAGACAGGUGGCUGCGGUGUGCCAGUAAACAUCCCCAACUCCAACGCCAACCUCGCCAACAAGUACAUCACAAUGACAUCUUUUGCUUCUGGAGACAGAGUCCAUUAUGUGUGUGAUGUCGGAUACGUUCAAGCAGGCGGCAGCAGAUAUCGCAGCUGUAUGAAUGGGAAGUGGACACCACUGUGGCUGAGAUGUGAACGAAAGCCAUGUGGCUCUGCAGGGGAGAUUACAAAUGGACUGUUUACAUACACUGGAGUGGAGUUUGGAGACACUGCUACAGCUGUCUGCGAUGAUGGGUAUCGCCUUGUAGGACAGGCAACCAGACACUGCAUGAGUCAAGGCUGGGAUGGACGUGAACCUACCUGUGAAGCUGCGGCGUGCGACGAGCCUUCAGGAGUGACAAAUGCAGUCAUGACCAGCCCUAAAGAGCCACCGUACACAUACAGGACUGUGAUUCGCUAUCACUGUCCUGUGGGAACUCUUAUUGGACAGAGGGACAUUUGGUGCACCAAGGACGGGACAUGGAGUCAUUCUCCUCCUACAUGCAGAGAAAUAACAACAUGUCCAUCUCCAAAUGUGCCCAACGCCUACUGGAUGGGAACUCACAACAACAUGUAUCAAGAGAGGGACACUAUAUAUAUUGAGUGUACUGCGGGCUACACAAGGAUUGGCCCCUACGCUGUUACCUGUGGUCGAGAUGGCAAUUGGUACCCUCGCCUGCCCUCAUGCACACCACGUCGCUGGAGGAGCAGAUACGGUCGCUGAAAAGUGAAACCACAGUAUUUAAUCAAACCUGGUUAAACAGCAGUCAGAGGAGGAUGGGAAUAAAAUGAUAUCUUAGACUACACAAUGCCUUCCUUCUGCAAGAAAUAAUCAUCAUAAUUCACCUUUUUAAUAAAGCACAAAUAGUGAUAUAUUUU